AAACUAAAAAAAAAAAAAAAACAGUCUUGACCAAGUACAUAUUAACAGACUGAAUUGAUGGGUAAUGAUAAGAGAUCUUUGACUAAAUUUUCAUGAAAACCGGUCUUCUGCUCAGGCAGAAACUCGCGCCUAUUUUACAUCAGAACAUGCAGAAACUUCUAACAUUGUGUUUAAAAACUCAAAUUUUAUCAAACUUAACCAAAUCAACUUCAACUUCCACUUCAAUUACAAAUAUGUCUGGCAACCCAAACAGGCAGAGACUCAGCAAGGAGACGAUGACGAGGAGUGCACGGGCAGAGAGGCAGGUUGCGCACCCUUUUAUUAGGAAGGGACGCGGCGGCGAGUGUAGGAUUGGGGAGGGGUCGUCGUCCCAGACGCGUCCGUCAUAGAUAGUGGACCCUACACAACAUCAUCAUGAGGAGGAAAGCAAUUUUCAUUUUUCAUUGUUUGGGUUCCCAUUAUCUUUUAUAGAUUAUUUGACUAAUUGAUUUAUCCUAUUUAUUUUUUUAAAUAAUUUAACAAAUAUACUGUUUAAUCACUGUUGUAAAAUAGAAGCACGGGUCUAAAGAGGGUCAAUUGAAUAAACUAUACUAUUAUGAGAUAAAGCAGUGUGAUCUUCUUUUGAUUAGAAAAAUGAAUGCCAAAGCACCUUUAAAGACCGAUGAUUGGCCAUCACAUUCCCACACACAGUUGCCAUCUUUACUAAUCCAAAACUUCACUUCAUAAUAAAUUUUUCCACUUUUGAAGCACUAAUUCUGUGAUUUAAACAUGGUUUGCAGUGAAAAAGGGAUACCUCAACUGUUGCUUCUCUUCACACACUUCAGCUUGUUUUGGUGGAUUACUAGUACUUCUAUCUAUGUCAAAGCAGAAAAUAUUGAUAGUAUGAAGCCAGGAGAUAAACUGAAUGCCACAUCCGAUUUGUGUUCUAAACAAGGUAGAUAUUGCAUGAAUUUUAACCAAACUACGCAAUCUGAAAAUCUCACUUAUCUCAGCAUAGUUGCCAAAGGUACUACUUGGGUGGUGUGGAUUGCUAACAGAAACCAACUUGUUGACAAAAAUUCAGCUGUUCUAUCACUAGACUACUCUGGUGUGCUCAAAAUAGAAUCCAAAAUCGGUGAACCAAUAAUCCUGUAUUCUUCACCUCAACCUUUAAACAAUAGUACUAUUGUUGCCACCUUGUUAGAUAAAGGUGACUUUGUGUUGAAAGAUAUUGAGAAGAACAUUGUUUUGUGGCAAAGUUUUGAUCAUCCAACUGAUAGUUGGCUUCCUGAGAUGAAACUAGGUGUGAAUCGUAAAACUGGUGAAAACUGGUCACUGGUUUCAUACAUUAGUGGUUCAAUCCCAGCUUCUGGUCCAUUCAGGCUUGAGUGGGAACCCACAAUAAAAGAAUUGGUCAUCAAGCAUAGAGAAAAAGUAUAUUGGACAAGUGGAAAACUGAUGAAAAACAAUAGAUUUGAGAAUAUACGUGGAGAAGAAUUUGAGGUCAAAGAUUUUGAGGUCACAUAUAAAACUCCAAAUGAAGAACUUACUAUAUGGACUCUAUUGGAAACUGGGCAACUGAUAAACAGAGGAGGAGUUGACAUAGCAAGAGCUGAUAUAUGUUAUGGGUAUAACACUAAUGGAGGGUGCCAAAAGUGGCGUGAUGUGGAGAUACCUGCUUGCAGGAAUCCUGGUGAUAUGUUUGAUAGCAAGUUAGGAUUCAGUAAUAAAGAUAUGUUAUACAAUAUAGAAAAUGCUAGUUAUGGCAUAAGUGAUUGCCAAGAUAUGUGCUGGAGUAACUGCAGCUGCUUUGGAUUCAAACCUUUUUAUGAUAAUCGAACUGGUUGUGUAAUCUUGGUAUCAAGUAAUGGUUUUAACGCUGCAGGCAUUGGUUUUGACUCAUUUUACAUUCUGGAUAAGAACACUGGUCACAAAGUAUCGAACAAGUGGCUAUUGAUUUGCACUGGAUUGGGGACUCUUCUGCUAUUUAUGGGCCUUUCCAUUCUGCUCCGAGCUUUAAUGAGACGAAAACAUGUGCUUCGAGAGAAUGAACGAAUAAGAAUGCAGAUUGAGAUUCAAGAUCUUGAAGGUUCUAGGCGAGACUCUGAUAGCGAUGAUCUAGAAGGCAAUUUCAGCAGUGGAGAUGACUUAAAAGUGUUUAGCUAUUCAUCAAUAAUUGUGGCCACCAAUGGCUUUUCUUCUGAAAACAAGUUAGGACAAGGUGGCUUUGAACCUGUUUUUAAGGGAAUUCUACCUUCAGGGCAAGAAGUAGCUGUGAAGAAACUUUCAAAAACUUCUGGACAAGGAAUGACUGAGUUUAGAAAUGAAUUAACACUCAUUAGUAAGCUUCAGCAUACGAAUCUUGUUCGGCUAAUCGGACAUUGCAUUCAUGAACAUGAGCGUAUAUUGAUCUAUGAGUAUAUGCCCAACAAAAGCUUGGACUUCUUUUUAUUUGAUUCCACCAGAAGAAAGUUGCUAGAUUGGAACAAACGUUUUAGCAUAAUAGAAGGAAUUGCUCAAGGAUUACUUUACCUUCACAAAUACUCAAGACUCCGAAUUAUCCACAGAGAUUUGAAGGCUAGUAAUAUUCUCCUUGAUGAAAAUAUGAACCCAAAAAUUUCUGAUUUUGGUGUGGCAAGAAUGUUCACAAGACAAGAAACCAAAGCAAAUACCAAUAGAAUUGUUGGGACAUAUGGUUACAUGUCUCCAGAGUAUGCGAUGGAAGGAGUAUUUUCUACGAAGUCUGAUGUGUACAGCUUUGGAGUGCUGCUCCUUGAAAUUAUCAAUGGUGAAAAAAACAAUAGUUUCUACUGUGAAGACAGACCACUUAACCUAGUAGGACAUGCAUGGGAGCUAUGGAAAGAAGGUGUGGUUCUUGAGUUGGUGGAUCCAUUACUAAAUGAGUCAUUUUCUGAGGAUGAGGUGCUAAGAUGUGUUCAUGCUGGUUUAUUAUGCGUAGAAGAAAAUGCAGAUGAUCGCCCCACCAUGUCCAAUGUUAUAGCAAUGUUAACUAACAAAAUUAAAGUCGAUGUUUUGCCUAAGAAACCGGCAUACUAUGGUAGAACAAGAGUUUUUGAGGAAGAAACAUAUGGCGAAGAUGUUGGUGUGGAUUCCACAUAUGAAAACUCUCAUUCACAUGAGCAAAGUAUAGAUAGAUCCAGUGAAGAAAAUACAAAAUUUAUCGAUUAAACAAUGGUGCUAUGGGUGGACCGAUGCUUUAUUUGUUUUGCCUUCUCGAGCAUUGAUUCCUUGGGAAGACAUUGAAUGUAUUAGACAUAUGAGUGGAUUUAUCAUGUUUAGAGGAAAUAGGGAUAUUCUAGAAAAUUUGAAUUUUGAUUUACACAAUUUAUCAUGUAUUAUUUAGACAUGCAAGUAAUUUCGACAAUGAUAUGCAAGACGUGAAUCAGAAUAAUUUAUAUA